UAGGACGAGUACGACGCAUGCGCAUUUGCUUCUCAACGGAAUAGUCGUAAACAACAUUUUUUUUCAAUCCAGAACCCUCGCUAGUUUACGUAUAGGAAAGUAACGGGGGGGAUUACCGAGUUAGUGGAUGACGCUUUUUUCUGCGUUUUCGAAGGAUUUCGCAGAAAAUAUGAGAUCGUACGGGUACGAAUUGUACCCGUAAUUUAUACAUUUAUGGCUCCUCGGUAUGCGGUGACGUCAUCCGGAUCGUUCUGGAAGAGCCCUGCAGGACAAUAAUGGCGGAUUUGUAUGCGAAAUACAACUGUACGUAUUGUCAAGAAGACAUCACGGGUCUGCGUGUUAAAUGCGUCGAGUGCCCGGAUUUCGACCUCUGUUUGCAGUGCUUUUCCGCUGGAGCUGAAAUUGGUCAACACAAAAAUGAUCACUCUUAUCAGUUUAUGGAUUCUGGUACCAUUAGUAUAUUUAAUGGACGAGGCAAUUGGACCGCUAGGGAACAACUUAGACUUUUGGAUGCCAUUGAACAAUUUGGCUUUGGGAAUUGGGAGGAUAUCAGUAAACAUAUCGAAACUAGAACACCGGAAGAAGCGAAAGAAGAAUAUAUUGCUAGGUAUCUGGAUGGUAAUAUCGGAAAGCAUACAUGGCCACCUACAGAAAGCUACACACCAAAUCUUACGGAUCAAACUAAGUCAGAUAACGGACCAUUAUCGCCUGAUCUCACAUCUCGGUUACCUCCACUCGAUAUAACACCGGAGGAAGCGGCUCAAUUGGGCUACAUGCCUCAACGAGAUGACUUUGAAAGAGACUAUAAUCAUGAAGCAGAGUCUCUCGUUUCGUCAUUAUUUUUGAAUCCUGCAGAGGAUGAUGAUCUCGACAUAGCACUUAAGCUAGCGCAAGUUGAUAUGUAUACUAAUAAUUUAAGAGAAAGAGCUAGAAGAAAACGUGUCGUACGGGAUUAUCAACUUGUGUCUGCUUUCUUUGCAUCGUCUAGAAAAGAUAGAGGAAUAAAGAAGCGACAAACGAAGGAAGAAAAAGAAUUUAGGGACAGAAUGCGCACUUUUGCACAAUUUUAUACAGCACAGGAAUAUGAGCAGUUCCUAACAAAUCUUGAAAGAGAAAGAGAGCUUCGGUUACGACUGUCGGAACUUUAUCGUUAUCGAGAGCAUGGCAUAUCAAGACACGAAGAAUGUGCUCAUUUUGAACAAGUGAUUGCACAGGCUCAGGGACAAAAUGAUACCGCGGAUCACUGGACAGAGAAAAAAUCUAGGGAAUGUAAAACAACGUUCAGAGCUUUAAUUAUACUGGCAGCAGUGGGCCGUCCACACCAAUACACCGCCACACCUCAAAAAAAAAGAGAAGAAGAAAAAAAUUACUCUUCCACCGACCGAAAGUCCACUGUAAAGCUAGACACAGCCAGCAGCAGCUCCACAAUCAAUCAAAUCAAUCCCAAUCGGACGAUGAUUCCAGCCAAUCAGUGGGUGGAGCAGGAUAGCAAUCCGAAUACUUCCAGUCAACAUUCUACAAGUUCCAAUUCUACCGUAGAAAAAAAUUGCAUUGUAGCAUCAUCUUCGUCGAAAACACUCUCACAUUUGGGAGAAACAGGAGAACGAGACAUAGAAAUGGAGGCAUCUGCACAUCUUUUAACGAAACAAGAAAAAUCAUUAUGUCUUCAGUUAGACUUGAAGCCGAUGCAGUAUUUAACACAAAAGACUUUGUUGUUACAAAAAGAAUAUAUCGUUACAGGAAUAUCUCAGUGGUAAUAGAAAAUCAGGGAUUAUACCUCAGUCGGAACCAGAGAGUAAGAUACUUCAUUAUUUGGUAGCUAAUGGUUGGAUUGCAGCCAAUUGAUCAAUUAUCAAGAAAAAAGUUAUGUUUAUUUUCUUAUUCUAAGUCAUCAUUUAUUUCAUUAACUAAGUCUUAGAUAUAUAAUGACAAUGUGAGUCUGACUUAAUUAAUGCAUGAAAAUCAGGUAGAAAGAAGAGAGAAAGCUUAUAAAAAUUCUAUCUACUUUUUUCUUGAAACAUUGCAUCUAUUUUAUGUUAUAAAGUUUAUUGAAAAUGAUAUCCCAUGGCUGUCAUCUAUAGCAAAGAGUAUCAAUAUUGCACUAUUACAUUAAUUAUAAAUGUAACGAUAGUAGCAUCAUUUUUAUCCGAUGUAGAAUUGGGUUGGGGUAUACAUGUACAUAUAUAGGCGUAUACACAUAUCGGUAUAUGUGUAUAUAUAUAUUUAUCAUAACAAGUCUACCACUUUUAAAUUCAAAAAUUGUCUUAAGAGAAUAUUUUAUAAUACUGCCUUCUUAGUCACUAUACAUACUGUUCUAUCGAUUCUUCCAUAAGAAAUUUUGUGUUUUUUUUUUUUUUCUUCUUUUUCCUUUUUAAACUAUACCGCUGCACAUAUAUAUAUUCUUGUUUAUUUUAUUUAAAUAUUAUUUGUUACCAUACUUGACAAUAAGGAAAGACUAUAGGCAAAACGUACGUCAGAUCUUUAAAAAUCAUAUGAAAACGUUACAAGAACACCAGAUAUGUGUAAUUGUAAUUAUAAUUGUAAUUUAUGAAAGUAAUCGCUGUCAUGCUCGAAGAUAUGGGAUAUAUUCUAUCACACAUUGAAUACGUUCUUGCUUAAAAUUUUAAGCAAGAUAAAAUACGCAAAGCUAGCUGUGACAUUAAAAAGAAAAGAAAAGAAAAAAAAAAAAACGAAAAAAGAAAAAAAGAAAAAAAUUGGGACAUAAACGAAAAAAAAUAACACCUUUCUUAUUGCAUUAAUAUACCGCUACUGAGAGAUUACAUGUUAACAAUAUGAUAUGUAUAUAUAGAUUUAGCUUUAAAACAGAGACAUUUACGUAGCUUAGUCCGUUAAAUGCGGACUUUUUGUUUGUAAUAUAAUGAAAAGAAAAAAAAACAAAAAGAGAGAGAGAGAGAGAGAGAUUCCUUAUUGCUGAAGAAUGGUACAAAUACGAUAAAAUCUAAUAACUGUGAGAGAAAUGUAUAAUAGUAGAUAAUUUAUCUAUCGCCGACGCAGCAUCUGUAUGUAUAUAUAUAUUAUAUGGCGAGAAACACAUAGUACCUUUUUAUUAAUAGUAAAUACUAAUGCACAAAGUAUAGAAUUUCAAAAGUCGAAUGUAAUCAAUGAUUUAUCUGAUCUUAUCAAUCUGAUUCAAAUUUAUCAGGGUGGAUUUUUUUUCUUUUCUUUUCUUUUCUUUU